AUCAUUGUUUGACUUUACAAUAUUGCUUUUGGUUAUAUUGCAAGAGUCUCAUACUUAUUUAGGCUCUGAGAGUCCUUUUGGCAUCUAACUAUCUGUAGAUCAAUUGCCUUUCGAAAUGACUGUAUGAGACUAGGUCUAUCAAUCAACUGCAGGGGUAACAGCUCCUGAAAUUCGACCAAUCCUGAAACAUAUACUGUUCUUUUUGGUGAUCUUUUCCCAUUUUACUCCUGACAGCAACACCAAGCAUAAUAAUAGAGAAAUUUGGUGACUGUAUGUUGUAGAUACUGAGCAUGGUUACCCACCAUUUGCCUUUGCUUUCGGGUUAUAACUGGUUCUGAAGAUGGAACAACAAGAAUUUGGGGUAAAAUACUCUUUUGAAUAUCAAGGAUCGCAGCUACCUAGUCCAAUUGAAUAUCAAGGAUCACAGCUACCUAGUCCAAUAGAGAUAAAGUGACUGGUUGAUUUUAUAUAUUAUAUUUCUUUGAUAGAUAUAAUGCCAGUUUGAUGACAUUAGUUUGGAGACCAAGACCCCAACUAUAUCCAUGCCAAUAGGGGAUAAGUUUAGAAUGGUCAUUAGUGUGGAAGAGAAGGUGAUUGACUUUGUAAUUUGUAGUCAUUUUGAUAGUGUUUUUUCCCCCAGCUUCUAGAGAUCAGAACAGAAGAUGAGAAUCAGGAAGAAAAACUUAUUUCGAAUUUGUCUUGCGAGGUAGAAGUGGUGCUUUUUGGUGUUUCCGUUUUAUGUUAGGCAUUGGGAAAGCCUUUUGGUUAUGCACCGGCAAAUUUCGUCCCGAAUCUGGUUGCAAGUUUCUGAUAGCUACUUUAGCGAUAAUCUGAAUGCCCCAUCUGUAGUUUUAUGCUCAGUUUAUGAUAAAAUGGAGUAGCUUUUUCCAGAUUGCAAAAGUGGGAAGUGCAUCAGAGUAAUUGAUCAGGGGAAGGAUAAGAAGUUGAAAAGAUUCUCUACCUCCGUUAGAUGCAUUGCACUUGAUUCAAGUGACAGCUGGUUGGUAUGUUUUUGGGAAGAUACCAUUCUAGUUUGAUGCAUGUUCUGAUAUGAUUGAUGAAGGAUGUCUGUUGUUGUACAGUGGAUGAGAGGGAGACGAACAUACAAUCGUGUUUCCAAUGUUAAGAAGUGAAAUGUUUUGUCGAGUAUUGCUGACAGUUAACAAGGCUAAUAGUUGAACAGGGUGGCUUACCAAAACAUUGUCCAUGUUCAUAGGCUUGUAGCAGUGGUCAGAGCUUAUCAGUUUGGAAUCUGCACGCUUCCGAGUGCGUUUCGAGGACUUCUACUAGUGCAUCCAUGCAAGACAUGAUAUUCGACAACAACCAAGUAAAGCCAACUCUAUUCCAAGUGACCUCCUAAUGCACCAAACUUAAAAUUGGCCAAGAGCUAGUUUUUAUGGAUACGAUGAACAACCAAUUUUUUUGUAUACUGCAGUUAAUAUCAUUUCGGUUUGUUUUGGCUUUUCUUUUUCUUACCUCCCUCUCUUUAUUCCUUUCCUCUCUUCUUUGAGCAGCAUCUGCAUUUUGGUCUCUGAAAGUUUGUUGCAUCACAUAAUGUCAUAAUAUCAGGUACUAGCUGUUGGAUCAGAACCUUUCCUCAGUCGAUUCGAUCUAAAUGGGAAGAUUCUUUCACGAAUGCCAUGCGCUCCUCAGUCAGCAUUCUCUGUCUCUCUACAUCCAUCAGGGGUAUUCUUCUACUUCUCUCUCGGAAUACAUUUUUCUCGUAGUUACCUGUUUCUGAAAGCUAUAUCAAUCCUAUCUGGUUCAGUCCACUGUGAGCCAAAUCAUAGCACCACCACUAGGAAUGGAUAUGAAUGGCUGAACUAAUUGACACCCCUAGCACCCUCGCCGUGCUCCUUCUGAUGCAUUCGAAUCUUUUUUUUUUAUCAUUCUGGAUUCAGGUGACAGCAAUUGGAGGUUACGGCGGUCUUGUAGACGUGAUAUCCCAGGUUCGAAGCCACUACUGCACUUUCCGAUGCAGCCGAACAUAAAGAGAGAAAGCGAGAAUGUCUACAGUGUAUUUUUAUUCGCGUCACCUCUAGUAAAUCACGCGAGAGUUGCGUCUGCAAUCAGAAGCUGUCAGCAGCAACAUCUGGAUGAUCCCAUUUCAUUUUCAGACGAUUGCUGCAAAACAGUUAAAGAAGUUUAGGGGGGAACACCACAGCAACAGGAGAGGUCUCUCUGUUUUCAAUUGUAAAGACGAAUUGGGUGUCGCUGCGUCUUAGAACUUCUGUAGACAUGAUUUCUUUCAUCUUAACCCAAUUUGAUGUUAGUUAACCCUCUUAUCCCCAUGAAUCCAUCUGGAAACAUGCUUUCAGUGUCACUGUUGUGAAUUGUGAUCGAUCUCGGAUUCUCGGUGGUCGAGUAAAGUGGUAAAACACCACGGCAUAAUUUUUUUAUGGGCAGGAAUCGAACUCUCGAUCUCAUGAUGAAUGGACGAGACGACCAACCAAUUACCAUGCUGCGCUCUCUUGCUAGUCCACUGUUUUCCCUAGUCAGUAGGCGAGGAAAUGGGCUUCUGAGCCGAUCGAUCAUUCUAAAGGCCCAAUCCGAAUGGGCCGAGGAGUGGAAGCCCAGCCCGCAAGGAGUACGGAUCCGGGAAGGAAAAAAGAGAGACGGACAAAAGCGACGGUAUAUAUACAAGAACCGGAGCAAACCCUUCGCCUUCUCUAACCCUUUUGGCUUCCGCGAAAAAGCAAAAUACAAGACUAUCCCCAGCCGCAGCACAGCGGCAGCCAACCAGCAGCUCUCUCUCUCUCUCUCUUGUUCUCGACUUAGCGUUCCUUCUCUAUUAACUCCGUGAGAAGAACCGCUCAAAACCCUAGUUCUUCUUUCCCGAGACGAGACUACUCCUCGUCAAACCGCCUUCGUCAAAUCUCAGCAAUCGUAAACACACAGGUUUCCCCCUUUUUCUCCCUCUUCUCGCAUCUCGUCCUUGGUUCGCCGGUUGUUCUUCCCUUGAUUUCUUUUAUGCUGUGUCGUCGAUUUACCACCUGAGAAAUAUUGUUGUGCGGCUGGGACCUUACUGGGUUUCCGAUCUCUCUUUGAUCUGGAGUGUCAUGUUUAGCAUGUUCUAAAUGUUGAACUGGCGCAUCUAGACGCUGUGUAGAGUAAAUCUGCUUGAAUUUUCGGUUGAUUUGGUUCCUGUUUGUCCCGGUUUGUAUGGGAUGGGUUUCAUGUCAGAUUUUUUGGUUUGUUGUUGUGGUUCUCGGCUUCUUACGAGGUCGAUUUGUAUGGAUUUUGCAGGUUCAGAUAUGGCAGGACUAGCACCAGAUGGCUCCAACAAUUUUGAUGCCAAGAGCUAUGAUCAAAAGAUGAGCGAAUUACUUUUGGCUGAUGGACAGGACUUCUUUGCUUCCUAUGAUGAGGUCCACGAAACUUUCGACUCUAUGGGCUUGCAGGAGAAUCUUCUUAGGGGCAUUUAUGCAUACGGUUUUGAAAAGCCAUCUGCUAUCCAGCAGAGGGGAAUCGUUCCCUUUUGCAAGGGGCUCGAUGUGAUUCAGCAAGCCCAGUCUGGAACUGGAAAGACUGCUACUUUUUGUUCUGGUAUCCUGCAACAACUUGAUUAUGCCCUGGUAGAAUGCCAGGCUCUUGUCUUGGCGCCAACUAGGGAGCUGGCCCAGCAGAUUGAGAAGGUUAUGCGGGCACUUGGUGAUUAUCUUGGUGUCAAGGUCCAUGCUUGUGUUGGUGGAACCAGUGUCCGUGAGGAUCAGCGCAUCCUUUCCAGUGGAGUCCAUGUAGUUGUCGGUACCCCUGGUCGUGUCUUUGACAUGCUUCGUCGACAAUCCCUUCGAGCUGAUUCCAUCAAGAUGUUUGUCUUGGAUGAAGCUGAUGAAAUGCUUUCCCGUGGAUUCAAGGACCAGAUCUAUGACAUUUUCCAGCUGUUGCCGCCAAAGAUUCAAGUCGGUGUGUUCUCUGCAACAAUGCCACCAGAGGCUCUGGACAUCACCAGGAAGUUUAUGAACAAACCAGUUAGGAUCCUUGUGAAGCGUGAGGAGCUCACCUUGGAAGGUAUCAAGCAGUUCCAUGUCAAUGUGGAUAAGGAAGAGUGGAAGCUGGAGACACUCUGCGAUCUCUACGAGACCCUAGCCAUCACCCAGAGUGUCAUCUUCGUGAACACCAGGCGCAAGGUGGACUGGCUGACCGACAAGAUGAGGAGCAGAGACCACACUGUCUCUGCCACUCACGGUGACAUGGACCAGAAUACUAGGGACAUCAUCAUGAGGGAGUUCAGGUCUGGCUCAUCCCGUGUCCUGAUCACCACCGACCUCCUUGCCCGUGGUAUUGAUGUCCAGCAAGUCUCCCUUGUCAUCAACUACGACCUCCCCACCCAGCCUGAGAACUACCUGCACAGGAUUGGUCGUGGUGGUAGGUUCGGAAGGAAAGGUGUGGCUAUCAACUUUGUCACCAAGGAUGACGAGAGGAUGCUCUUUGACAUCCAGAAGUUCUACAAUGUGGUGAUCGAGGAGCUCCCAGCCAAUGUUGCGGAUCUUCUGUGAGGAAAGGCAUUUUGAUGUGUUGCUGCCUUCCUUUGCCUUGAAUGAAUGAGUGAAGAGAGAUUAUGAUGGAUGGGAGACUAUGUGAACCGGUGUCUUUGUACUCUCUUUUGUCUUCGUUUUUUUAUGUUUUGAUGCUUUUCUUUUUUUGGGUUGGGACUUGGUAGUAUUCACUAUGGAGAGUAGAAGUCUUGUUCUGUUGUGAAAUUGUUCCAAUUUUGAAUUCUAGCAGCUAGUAGUUGGGUUGCAUUGUGGAAUACUUCUAUUUAAUACAGAUGUCUGUAUUUUUCAUCCGUUGCUUCCUUCCUGGUGGGUUCUCAGCUUUUCGACCAUUGCUCUUAGUUUGCGGUUGCCUGUGACGACGGGAACUCGGCAAGCUAGCAAUCAGCUUAGCAAUGAAGGAACUCCGUUUCUUUUCGUUCUUGUCAGUUUUCAGAUUGUUGUUGUCGAAAUCACAAUGCACUUUCUGAACCCUUGUCAGCUUCCACUUGGAUCUGAAUUGCGCAGAAAUGUGGAAACUGACAUAAGUAGUUGUGGGUCUUUUUAAACAAGCUAUGAAAAGUUAUAAAGUUGAGAGAUUAGGAGAUUCUAGUAGGAAGGUUGGGUCUUUUCCUUUUGUGGGUUUUAUUCGCUUAGCUUGUCCCAAUUAUCCGAGUUAUUUAUGGAUUGAUCGGUAUCAAAUUGCAGUUCUACUAUAUAUAUAUUGAUCAAUAAUCCUCUACAUUUUCACCGGUUCACAUUUGUUCGGGUUAUUUUUGGAUAAAUCGGUAUCAAACUGUUGUUCAACUAUACCUAUAUUCACCCAUGUUUGACGUUAUUCACGUGUCAGACGAAAAUUAGAAAGAACAGCCCAAUAAACAAUCGAUUAGGCCAGAUGUCCAAAUCACAAGACGGCCAACCCAUCACAUUUUGAUUCAUGAAGCCGAAACUUACCGACUUCAAUAGAUUUUCCUCAUAACUAAAUCUACACGAUCGAGAUUUUUUUCUAAAUGGGAUUAUUCCCACAUCCAACUCAAGAUAGACAUCUUGCUCUCUCUUCUCCCAAUUCCUUUCCUAUAUUAGAGUUAAAACAUGAAUGAAUAAGUGGAAACACAAACUGCCAACACAUUUUCCAAUCAACGAACCACCCAAAUUAAGGUAUGAUCAUCAUCUAAUAUAUACUAAUAUAAUCAGGUUCCCACUUAGGCCAAAGUCUUGCUCACAAAACUAAACAAGAAGUAGGCCGAGGUGUCGCUCGACAUCCCUCUUCUCAAGGUUUUUUUGUUUGUUUUAGAAACACGUCGAGAGGUUGGAAAGCAUUGAUAUCUCAUAUCAGCUUUGUCUUGUCCUUUUUCAGAACGUAGCAAGUUUGUCAACCCGCGAGUCGAUCCGUGGGUUGACCCACUUUGAUCCUCACCUGGUGAAAAAAACGGGCCGCACGCACCCGCCUGGUCGACCGCUAUAAGGUACCGGGUUGGAGGUCAAAUUGUGUCAUUUUUUUCUUUGUUUUGCGAAAUGCGCUUAUUUUCCGAAUUUUCUUUUCGCCUAACUCAAUCUUUGGAAUCCUAAGUUGAACAUUUGAAUAUUAAUGUUAUAUAAGUGUGUGUAAAUUUUCACUAUAUGUUGAAUCUAAGUACGAAAUGUUAUUUUGGUGUAAUAUUAUAUGUUAUAACUCAUAUGUUAGAUGAGAUUUGAUAUAAUUUAUCAGGAUAAGUACAAUAUAAUGACGUUUUUCAUAUUUCCGGGCUAAACCGGACUAAAAUAGGUGACCCAUUAACUCUUGACCCACUAGCUCAACCGGAUACAGGUCAACCCGCGGAUUGACAACGUUGGAACGUAGCUUGAAAUCAAGUUGGGGAAGGAAAACUGAAAAUGAAAAGUCGCCAAAAAAGGUUCCAAGUGGUGUUCUCCCAAUGUGUCCCACCUCCAACACGGUUAAUUGCACUUCUAGAAAAAGCUUAAAAAAACUUGACAUCGCGUAUUAGGCGAAGGAAAGAGAGUUUGGUAACAACUUGCAAGCUUUCUUUGUCCCAUUCAUUUCUUAAAUCUAUUAGGUCUUUUAUGAUAAUGGUCUCUAGUUGAAAUGCUAUGUGGGUUGAGUUUGUACGAUAGAUAUGACUGGACACAUAGGCAUAUAGGUCAUGUGAAAUUAAGAUUAUGCUAUGCGAGAUCGUGAUAAGGUGAUUUUGUAUUGGCCAUAUAAAUGAUUGUCUAUGGAAGAUAUGAUUUUGUCUCUUCGUGGAAAGAUGCUUUAAAUGGACGAGCGCGCUCCAUUAAGUUGAGGAUUCAUCUGUAUUUUUGGCUGGUAUCUGUGGUGUCUCGACCUUACGCUUACACCAGGACACCACAAAUACCAAUGCUCAUCUAAUACUAAGUGUAAGUCAAAUUUAGAAAUACUCAUGUAAAGGAUGAUUCAAGAUAGAUUGACUCAUUAUAACAUGUGAUUGGAAGCAAACAUGUACAACAUUUCGCUUGUCAAUUAAAUAACAAAAAAAAAUCCCUCUGAAUUUUAAAACAAAUACUGCAAGAUAUAUGAAUCCAGAUUGUUCUCGAGAUUGAGUCUCACAAUAAGUCGUAGCUACUUUCUUUUACAGACUGGUCAAAAUAUCAUAAAUAAAUAAGAGCAAAUAUG